UACACAGGAAAGCCUUGCUGCUAAAAAAUAGUAAUGAUGAAGUACACAUUUGUUAUUGCAUGUUCUUAGUCAGCUAGGCACCGUUUCUAACAUUCGAGAGCAUUCGCUGCUAUUGAAGCUUGAAUCUAGCAAAGAAAUGAUUGAUGACUCUGAAGGUUUCGAGACGCGAUCAAGUGGAGAACUGUGGUCUGAGAUAUGCUCGAAUCUUCCACUGCCAGAGCAGCAUGGACCAAAUGAUGCACAGUUCACAGAUUCGUUCCAACCCCUCUCCCAAGAAAUCCCACAGACCAACUUCACCUCUUCCAGUAUGUCUCUCAGCUCGUGGGAACCAAUGGCAGACUCUGAGGUUUACAUCGCCAGUUUAGAAAACCGUUUGAAGAGAAUUAAAGGACAGACGAAUGAGGUCACUUCAAGGGAAAUGCUGCACUCCUUGUCCCAGGCAAAAAAGGAAUGUUGGGACAGGUUUCUUCACGACACCCAGACUUCAGAGCUAUUUCAAGAAGGACAUGUAGAUCAGAGUGCUUUAGAACAGCUAAAACGCUGGCUGUCGCCUGAACGGGUAGCCAUCAGCGCGGAGGAGCUGGAGUACCUUCUCCUGCCAUCACAGAGCAGGGAGAGAGCUGCCACUUGCCCUUCAUCUUGCACUGUCCACCGAGCAGAAGAGCCCGAGGAGAGCGAGAGCUCAAGCCCAGAGAAAUAAAUUACUCACCACCAACAGGCUGUUAUACCCAGCAGACAGUAAAUUGAGAUUCAAUGUGAGAACCCUCUGUUUAUAGUGUGCUACUAGAUAUGACUAUGAAUCUCUUGAGCAAAAACUAGUUUCUAAAUCUUCAUCUGUAUUUUGAAGAAAAAAAGUAAAUCAACAUUUCACUUAUUGAAAGACAUAAUUGUUAUAAUUACCCCUUGCUGUUACACUUGUUUGGCCCUGCAAAUUGGUUAUUGAGCUCUUAACUUAUUGAGCACUUUUUUUUCCUGUUUAAGUUGCCAUAACUCAUGAACUCUGAUUCAUGUUUGGAGGGAGAUUUCUUACUGACAUGUGAUACCUUUGUGUCAGAUUGGAAUGCCAUUUGCCCAUAUAGCUCAUCAGGCCAUAAUGUGAGUCAUGUUUGCAUUUUGACACUCCUGAUAAAGUGAUAUGUUUCACUUUUUCUUUUUUCUUUUUUUUUUUGUUGUUUUUUAGGGCACAAUGAAUUAAGGAACAUUUGAACAAGCAUUCAUGCUUGUGUGAUCUUUCCCAUGAGGUCUUCCUUCUUGUUCACAUUCAAAUAUUUUAGAACCAUCAUGUCUUAAUACACCAACAUGCAGACCUGUUAGUCCAAUUAUAGAGUUACACAUAAUGAGGUCCGAAUGGGUGUGCACGAUGUUGUAAACGCUCCGUGAUUUAUGCUGAUUCUAUUUGUAUUCAGUGUGUAGUUACAAAAGAAAAUAAAAUGCGGAUCUAAUUGUUGUCUGACA